CGCAGUGCGUGUGUCAGCGGGUUGGUCGGUCUUGUGUUUACAGCUCGUCUGGAUGCUGUUGGCUGCUGAUGUUAUUGGGGAAAGUGCAAUGUUGUGCCAACCGCCAUUGGAAUAAAUACAACCGUGGGGAUAAAGGUGAUUUUGCUCAUCAUCUCCCACCACUUCCUCCUCCCGUCUUCCAUUCAUGAGCAGCGUGGCUGAGUUUAACAGCGGCAGCCAUGGAUGACAAGGGCUCGGUGGGGAAGAUUAGCGUGUCUUCGGACUCAGUGUCCACUCUCAACAGUGAGGACUUUGUCCUUGUGUCCCGGCUGGGGGACGAGACACCCUCCUCCACUAAUAAUGGUAGUGAUGACGAAAAGACAGGACUGAAGGUGAUUUCUGAGGAAGGGGUCAGCUUUAAGAUUGUGGGAAAUGGAAGUGAGCAGCAGCUCCAGAGGGAGUUAGAGGAUGUCCUCAUGGACCCGUCGGUAGCUGACACCGGGCUCGGAUCAGAAGCAGGAUUGGACAGCUUUGGAGCGGGUGACCAUGGCCUACAGACUACAGCGUCACCUGUAGCGCCAGGCUCCGACCCUCUGAGCGCACCGCCGCCCAAGUUGGAGAUGGUGCUUCCUGUUCAGACUGCUCAGGAGAGCGAGCUGAAUGAGAGGUCGUACCGAGCAGAUGAAUCAUCCUCAGAUGGCAGUCCUAGCAGUCCUAUCCCAGAUGAGGACAGCGUUGUGUUCAGCCAGCUGACAUAUCUGGGAUGUGCCUCUGUCAACGCCCCCCGCAGUGAGGUGGAGGCGCUCCGUAUGAUGAGUAUCCUCAGAGGGCAGUGCCAGGUCCCUCUGGAUGUCACACUGUCAGUGCCAGGCGUGUCCGAAGGCACCGUCAGGUUGCUGGAUCCCAACGCCAGUACGGAGAUCGCCAACUACCCUAUCUAUAAGAUUCUGUUCUGUGUGCGAGGCCAUGAUGGCACACCAGAGAGCGACUGCUUUGCCUUCACCGAGAGCCACUACAAUGCUGAGAUCUUCAGGAUCCAUGUGUUCCGCUGCCAAAUCCAAGAAGCGGUGAGUAGGAUACUGUACAGCUUUGCCACUGCAUUUCGGCGGUCAGCUAAGAAGGCAGUUCUGUCGUCGCAGCAAGCUGCUCCGCUCACCCCUGACAGUGACUUGUUUACCUUCACCGUCAGCCUGGAAAUCAGAGAGGAUGAUGGCAAGGGUACUUUCAGUGCUGUAGCAAAAGACAAGGACAAGCAGAGCUUCAAGCUGCGUGCAGGAAUGGACAAGAAAAUUGUAAUUUAUGUCCAGCAGACCUCCAAUAAGGAACUGGCCAUUGAGAGGUGUUUCGGUCUCCUGCUCAGCCCAGGGAAAAAUGUGAAGAACAGUGACAUGCACCUGCUAGACCUGGAGUCAAUGGGAAAGAGCUCCGACGGGAAGUCUUACAUCAUCACAGGAAGUUGGAACCCCAACACGCCUCAGUUCCAGGCUGUGAAUGAGGAAACGCCCAAAGAUAAAUUCAUGUACAUGACGACAGCAGUGGACCUGGUGAUUACAGAGGUAGAGGAGCCAGUCCGUUUUCUGCUGGAGACUAGGGUCAGAGUGUGCUCCCCAAAUGACAGACUGUUCUGGCCCUUCAGCAAGCGUAACUACACUGAGACCUUCUACCUUAAACUACGACAGAUGGAGCGUAAGGAGCGGAAGAGUCCUGCCUCUGACACACUUUAUGAGGUGCUGAGUUUGGAAAGUGAGACAGAGAGAGAGAAACGGAAGACCACAGCCAGUCCUGGCAUCCUGCCCACCGGAGCUGGCACCUUGGUUCCUUCACCCCCUGAGGAUGAUGAAGAGGAAGAUAACGAUGAGCCGUUGCUCAGUGGGUCAGGUGACGUUUCCAAGGAGUGUGCAGAGAAAAUCCUGGAGACCUGGGGAGACUUGUUAUCCAAGUGGCAUUUGAACUUAUCAGUUCGUCCCAGGCAGCUGCCCGCAUUGGUGCGCAGUGGCAUUCCCGAGGCUCUCCGUGGAGAGGUGUGGCAGCUCUUGGCAGGCUGCCAUAACAAUGACCACCAAGUAGAAGAGUACCGCACUCUUAUUACAAAGGAGUCCCCUCAGGACAGUGCCAUCACCAGGGACAUUAACAGGACAUUCCCAGCUCAUGACUACUUCAAAGACACUGGAGGAGACGGACAAGACUCCCUCUACAAGAUCUGCAAGGCUUACUCUGUUUAUGAUGAAGAGAUUGGUUACUGCCAGGGACAAUCCUUCUUGGCUGCAGUGCUACUGCUGCACAUGCCAGAGGAACAAGCUUUUAGCGUGCUGGUCAAGAUCAUGUUUGAUUACGGGCUCAGGGACCUUUUCAAGCAGAACUUUGAAGAUCUGCAUUGCAAGUUCUUCCAACUUGAGAGACUCAUGCAGGAAUAUUUACCAGACCUGUACAACCAUUUCCUGAAUGUGGGUCUGGAGGCUCAUAUGUACGCCUCUCAGUGGUUCCUCACCCUCUUCACAGCCAAGUUCCCUCUUUACAUGGUCUUCCAUAUCAUUGACCUGCUACUGUGUGAGGGCAUCAGUGUGAUCUUCAAUGUAGCCUUGGCACUUCUGAAGACAUCGAAAGACGACCUGAUCCAAACAGACUUUGAGGGUGCACUCAAAUUCUUUCGUGUCCCGGUUCCGAAGAGGUAUCGUUCCGAGGAAAAUGCGAAGAAACUAAUGGAGCUGGCCUGUAGCAUGAAGAUAAGCCAGAAAAAGCUGAAGAAAUUCGAGAAGGAGUACCACACUAUAAGGGAGCAGCAGGAGCAACAGGAGGCCCCCAUCGAGAGAUAUGAGCGGGAGAACCGUCGUUUGCAAGAGGCUAACAUGCGUCUGGAGCAAGAGAACGACGACCUGGCACACGAACUAGUCAGCAGCAAGAUCGCUCUGCGCAAAGACCUCGACAACGCUGAGGAGAAGGCAGACGCCCUGAAUAAAGAGUUGCUGCUGACCAAACAGAAACUGGUGGACUCUGAGGAUGAGAAGAGACGGCUGGAGGAAGAGUCUGCACAGCUGAAGGAGAUGUGCAGACGAGAGCUUGAUAAGUCUGAAUCAGAGAUUAAGAAGAACGGCUCCAUUAUUGGAGAAUAUAAGCAGAUCUGCUCCCAGCUGAGUGAACGACUGGAGAAACAACAGACAGCCAACCGAGGAGAACUGGAGAAAAUCCGGUCCAAAGUGGAAGGCUGUGAGAAGUGCAGUAGUCUUUUCAACAAAGAGGGUCGUGUGCGGGCCGCUGUGACUACGGCGCCCGCUGGGGGGACUGAGGAGACAGACGAGGAGAAGGAGGGUUUGAAGAACCAGCUGAGAGAGAUGGAGCUGGAACUAGCCCAAACCAAACUGCAGCUGGUGGAGGCGGAGUGCAAAAUCCAGGACCUGGAGCACCACCUGGGUCUGGCCCUCAACGAGGUGCAGGCUGCCAAGAAGACCUGGUUCAACCGAACGCUCAGCUCCAUUAAGACCGUAACUGGGACCCAGGGCAAGGAGACCACCUAAUCUGAUAACCCCGUCAUCCAGUUCAACCCAGACCAUGUCUGGAGUUCAGUGAAACUCACCACGCUGAAACCUCUGGAUGCCUCACUUAACCCACUGGGCCAUAACUUUAACUUGAACAUUGACCGUUAAAUCCCAGGAUGACCAUUACUAGAGACUGUGUUACUUGUUCCUCUUAUCAAAAAUGUCCUUGUGUUUCCCUGUUCCCACCCUUUCUGAUCUAAUCACCCCCAUUCAUCUCCUCCCCUCUCCAACCCGAAUGACUACGGCCGACUGUGCUGAUGAGAAGGGGUUGAAAAGCAUUAGAUGAAGUACAAUGGUACCACUUUCCCCAGAGAAACAAUGUGCUUCCACCGGUCACAGAAAAAAAAGAAGAAAAACGUUAAAAAAUGAGAAAUGCUUCAUUUAUUUCUGUCUUUGUACUGCUGAUAUUAAAGACCCGCAGAAGGAAGGUAGGACAUCUGAACUGCAACUGUCCUGAUGGGAUAGAGAAAACACUCCGUCCUUCCUGACUCUUCUGCGUGCUCCCCUCUAAACUACUGGCACAAACCAACCAGUCCCUGUAAAACUUUUGUUUUAGGUACGAGAGCUAAUAGACGCCUUUUCAAAACUGAGCUUUUUCUAAUUUACGUUGAACAAUACCUUUCUUUUUCUAUGUAUGUACAUGAAUGUGCUUAUGUAAAGAGGAUAUGUGUGUUUAAGUGUGCAUGUUCUUUUGUUUUUUUUGUUUUGUGCUGACUGUGAGGUGUAUGUGUUUGUGUGUGUGCGAGACUGAAAAAAAUGUGUUUGAAUGCAUAAAUAAUUGACUGCAAUAACGUUAAAAUGUGUGUAUAAAAGAAAGAAGGAAGAGAGCGUGUGGAAGUCUAAGGGAAAGAAAAAGCACUAAAGUUUUGAGUGUGUGCAUGCAUGUAAGGGAAGUUUUUUCCUGGUUGUCUAGUUUCCUUUAAUGUUCAAAUGUGUAUAUGAAUGAUGCUAAAGAAAAGUUUGCUGACAAAGCCUUGAUCUGAAGGUCGAUAAAGAUGAAACUAGUGGAUAUGAAUAUAUGAUUUACAGUCAGAACAGAACCAUAAAGCCUGUUGUGAUAACCUACAGCAGCAUAACGUUCCUCAUAUCAAACUUCAGACAGAAAACAUGCUUGAGGUUGGUUUGGUUUGGAUGUCCUAGCACAAAGAAACAAAAAAAAAAAGCUCCAAACCAUGCAAACCUCUGCAUGUGCUAUACAGUAAGUGUAAGUAUGUUAGAACACUGUUUAACUCCAGAUUGGUGCAAUGCUGGUUACAAAUCAUAAACAUCACUUAGGGGAAGAGUAAAGUCAAAAUGGAAAACACACACACACAUACACAGAAUGUUGUAAUUCCUGCUGCACUUGAACACACCUUUAAACCUGCCUCCCUCUUCUCUGGCGCCAGCUGUGAUCUUUGACCUUUAACCUUGACCGGCAGGGUUAUGUUUGAUACUCUGUUGAGCGGGGUGGCAGGCCGUGUUGUGUUUACUUUUCACAGUUCAGUCAGAGCUUUGGGAUCUCUUUUACCACUGUACACACACAAACACUGAAUUACACUGUUCAUUUUUUAUCAAGGCGGGUACAGAACAAACACUCAGUGGCCACUUUAUUAGGAACACCUGCUUGUUAAAGCGGUCGUCUGUGUCCUCUAAACACGCAGACAAGGUCAAGAGGUUUUGUUGCUUUCUGGCAAAAAUAUCAGGAAUGUAGAAAUCUUGGCUUGACUGUAGUUUCCAUCACUGACAGCUAAGACCAAGAAGAUGAGGUAGGCACAGUAGGCAGGUGGUUGCAAAAAAUUGAGAAAUGCUACAUGAUGCAACAAAUGAUAGUUUCUGUCAUCACAUGCUGUCAGAAUUGGUGUAAAAAAAAAAAUGGUAUCCUGUGUUUAGUUAAAGGCAGUAUCUGGUGCUGUAAUGGCAUUUUCCAAUAAUAUCCCUUAAUGCCGCGGCAGUAAUCCCGCAGUAAAAGCACUGUUACUGCCAGGUGUGUCUCUUCAAGGCACUCGUCAUCUCAAGACAGAUCCGGCAACAUGACAGAAACUUGUGUUUAUUCCGGCUGCUUGCACUCGUCUCGGUAGAGCACCUUUGGGAUGAGGUGGAACAGGAUGACCAUAAAACAGGCAUCUUGCAGCUUCCAAAAAAAAAAUCUGCGGGAAUUGAUCGACUUGAUCGAACCAGUGUGGAGCAAAACUCCUGUGACACAUUUUCAACACCUUGAUUAAUUCAUGCCUCAAAGAAUUCAGUGUGUUCAGGAGAAGAAGGAAAAAAAAAAAGCAGAUGUUGAAUAUUGAAGUGGGCACUGAGUGUAUACACACACACACACACACACUGUUGUGAAUGUAGGGGCAGAAAAGUCACACACACACACACACACACAUCAAGACACCUGUCGACUGCCACAAGUGUAACUCUGCACUUUAAGUGUGGAUCAGUAUCACAGGAGGAACUCUGUCAGUCACAGCACUUCAGAGUGAUGCCAUCAGAGGUCAGACUGGUAAAUCAGUCCAGAGGGGAUGGAGGGGCGGUUUAAAAACUGCUUUGGUGCGUGUGUGUUUUCAUAUUUAGCGGACUUUGAAAGGUCGCUCAACAAUAUUUCAAUUUCUAUUCAUACUUUAUGAAUCAUAUAAGACUGAAGCAAAAAAAAAGGAAAAGAAAUAGCUAUUUAGUUUUGCCAGCCUAAAAUGAACAGUUACUGUAAAUUGCAUCUAACUUAAAGGUUGAAUCUGAUUGGCUGGAAUCUACUUGUGAUGUCAGAGGAAAAGUCGAAGAUUAAAAAAAGGUCGAAAAAGGCCAUUCCUCUAAAGGCACUGGGUUGUAUAUAACAGACAUUAAACAAUGAAUAUUGAGUUUUUGUUUAUGAUUUUCUACUCUGUAACUAUAACUAAUGUUGCCUACUUGUACCUACCUACCUGCUGCCGUGCUACAGUUUAAUCCACAAUGAUGUUUUAUGUUUUUAAUGUUUAUUUUGCUCCAAGCUUCUCAGUCAGACUGCUGUUUGGUUAAUUAAAUGCCAAAACGUAGCUUUAUCAUCCAACAACAAAAACAUUAUCAAGUGUGGAAAUUGUAAUAGUGUAGGAUGCAUUGUGUAUACUUCAUGAAUUUCAAUAUAAAGAUAUCAACACAAAAAAAAAAAA